GGUGACAAUAUCACAUAAUCGCUAUGUUCCGUUUCUGAAUUUCACUAAAUUUUGACGACAAAUUCGAAGUCGUUUCUGUUUUUGUUCGUCAGUAAGUUGGUGAGCAACCCAGCGUGACACAACUUUUCUCAUCUUUAGAUGAUCAUGGAUAAUUCGUUCUAUUAUACCACGAGAUAAAUCAGUCGCAACCAUAAUAUCAUCGUAAGUUGAGUGGGGAUCAUCUUCGAUAAUUUGUCGCACACAUUCAAUAUUUUCAUCUGUAAGAACUGAAAUCGGACAGCCAGAUCAAGGAUCAUCACUGACAUCUUCUCUUCUUUCACGAAAACGUUUUGCCCAUUUUUUUAACCAUUGAAUAUGAUGGGGCGUCAGGUCCCAAUGCUUCUGUAAGUCCAUCGAAGAUUGUUUUUGAAUCUAUUCCCAAAAUAACUCGAAUUCUAAUAUAAUAUCGAUUAAAUUCAUCAAUCAUGUUUGACAGUCUGUUUUACAAUUGAAAUUAAAUUCUAUCACGGUUUGAAGUCGGAUGCGGUACAAAUGAGCUUACAGCGAACGACCUCUCACGUAUAUAUACUAUCGAAAUGUAAUGUUCUAGAACAUGACGUCAUUAAAUGUAACGAGAGAAAGUGAACAAUGGAAAGUAUGAACAGUUCCAGAAUAUACCUGAACAUUGGACAAGUCGUAGUUAAAUAUCAAUAUAGUCGCUAAAUUAUAAUCUUAGUCUAGCAGGAUGUUAGAACUAAAUCGAGGAUAGAACAACUCUAUAGAUUAUUAAAGACGAGACGUUAUACUAUAUAUUCCCUUUUGAGAUUGGAAUCAUUUUAUAAAUAGUAUAUCUCGCAAAAUUUUAUUAAAAAGAAAGAAGUAUAUAGCUUAAGAGUGUUACAUCUCUUGUUGUUAUCUGUUCAUUGUUAUUUAAUUCAUUAAACAAUACUUGAUUAUUAUGAUGAGUAUAUUGACUAACAGUUUUUCUUUUAUCAUUGUUUGAUAAUAAUGUUGCAUUAUCAUACGACUCUUAUCUUCAAGAAUGUCAUAGAAAUAGAUAAUAGUUAUUUCAAAGUCAAGAGUAUUAAUUACUUUUUUAACAAUGAAAGAGAAAAUCAGUUGUAUUUUCAUAAAAUCAUUUCUUUGUCUAUAUGAUAAUGAACGAUCACUAAACAAAAUUGAAUCGAAAAUUAUUUCAUAAAGCAUGAUGCAUCAUGCAAGUUUCUUUUGUCUUUAUUUUCAAAAUACUUGUAUAAAGUAUAGACAAGUUACAACUUAAAAUAUUGAUUAAUUUAGGUUGCAAAUGCUUCUAAAACAUGGUAUAUAACAAAUGGUCUUGACCUUGGUCUGCCACAAUUAAUUGGAUAUGCUUUUCGAGAUGAAACUUUAAUAAGACGAGCUGAUGAUGCGUGGGCGAUACAGAUGGAUCGUGACCCAAAAAAACGUAAAGCUUUAGUUUUAAUUGGAAUUGUUUGUGAUGAUGUAAUUAAAAGCUUUAUCAAUUUCAAAGGAGCACAAGAGAAACCAAAAAGGGAUAUAAAAGUAGCAAUGCGUAAACGUGAUCAAAUAUCAUUAAACAGUGAACAUACACAUUUUAUUAUAAUUCGUGAACAAGUAAUUGGUACUAAUUCAAUGAAUGAUUCAUUAAAAAAAGAUCUUACAAUUGAUACUGGUGAAAAACAGCUAGAACAAAUAACCGAUGCAGCUAACAGUACUACAAAUAAAUUUUGUGAUCGUUUCGAACAAUUUUUACAUCAAGAAAAAUCACAAGAGCAAGCCACAUCUUCCGCUUGUUUACUACCACCAGCAACAAAUUCUGCGACAGCAACAUCGAAUAAAUCUAAUCCAUGGAGUAACGAUGGUUUUCCAAUGGUAUGUACAUUAGCUGGUGGUACACCAGGGACUAUUGAACGUGUAUAUCGAAAAAUUCACAAUGACGUUCCUAUCGUAAUUCUAACAGGAACUGGAUCAGCUACUGAUAUUAUUGCAUUUGCUUAUGAAGAAAUUUGUGCUAAAAUUGAAAAAGAACAUGAAGAUACUUAUUUGAAAGUUGAGUUAGCUCGACGUAUACUCGAUGAUUAUCCUUUAUUAAGAAAUAAUAAUGUUAAACGAAAUGAAAUUCGUGACUUUAUUUUGUCAAUUGUAUUAUUGGUUAAAAAGAAAGAACAAGAGAAUAGAAAAUUAUUAACAUUUGUCGAUAUUAAUAAUGCAAUAGCAUCAUUGAAUGAUUUUCAUAAAUUUAUUCUUUUAGCACUUUUUCAAUCACAAAAAGCGGUCUCUGGUACUAAACUUACUGCUCAAUUAAAACAAAAUCUUUCAUUAACACUUAAUUGGAAUUUACCAGAUUUAGCUUUAUCAGAAAUUUUUCAACGUAAUGAUAACAUGAAAUAUACUAUUCAACCAAGUCUAUUUGAUGAAGCAAUACUUGGAAAAAAACUUGAAUCCUUUGUCGAUUUAUUUCUUGAUCGAGACUUUGUUUUACAUCGAUAUUUAAAAUCAGAUAAAUUAAUUGAAUUAUUCAAUAACGCGAAUGAUAAAGAAUUUUUUACUACAACAUCCAUUGAAGGAAUUCUCGGUGAGACAGGAGAUGAAGACGAAGUGAGAAAAGAAUUUGUCGAACAGGGUCUUAAUACAAUUGUUAAACGUUUAACAGAUAUUAGUCAAUUUUUUAGUAAACACGAAAUGGAUUGUAAUGCUAUGGGUAUUUAUUUUGGUGAUAAAUCAGAUAAGGGUGUUCAACAACAAAGAAUGCGAGCAGAGAAAAAGGCUCUUCGACAUUUAAUUAUUUAUGCUGUACUAAUGAAUCGACGUCAAUUAGCAAAAAUUCUUUGGAAACGUUCAUCUGAACCAAUCGCAUUAGCAUUACUUUGUUAUAUGAUGUUUAACAAAUUAGCACCAUAUUGCCAUGAAUCUUAUCAAAGAACAUUAAUAGAAAAGCAAGCAAAAGAAUUUUCCGAUUGUGCUUUAGGUGUUCUUGAUAAAGCAUUCAAUGAAGACAAUAUAAGAGCAUUCGAAAUGCUUGAUGAAAAACAUGCGGAUUGGAAUAAUAUGGCAACUAUUGAAUUAGCUUACAAUGCAGACAAUAAAGCAUUUGUUGCACAUGCUGCUUGUCAAAAAUGGGUUACAAGACAGUUCUAUGGAGAAAUUACACCGCGAGAACUUACAUGGGGAUUAUUCAAAUGUUCUGAUUCUCUUAAAAUUAUAUCAAGUGCUAUUUUGAUAUUUCCAAUGUGGUUUUGGAUAAAUUUUUCUCCGAUUGGUCAAGCACCUCCAUCACCGAAAAAACGAAGUGAUUUACCAUCCAAUGCAAAUAAAGGUUCAGAACCAGGAUCAAACGUUAAUAAAGCAAAAAGAUUAGCUAGACAAGUUGAUGAAGUUAACAUCCGAGAAGGAGUAUGUAUUUCAUUAAUUACACUUAUAUUAUGUUUUAUAAAUCCCAUUAAUUUUAUAUCAAUGGACAAGAAUGGACUUCUUCAACGACUAAGACGUUGUUUUGGUAGUGGUAAGUCAAAAAUGCAAAAAGCUACACCGAAGGCAUCAGACCCAGAUGAAAAAGACAUGAGUCAUUUUGAAGAAAUUCAUGUUUUAUGGUCAGCGCCAAUAACAAAAUUUUAUACGAAUUUCGUUGCUUAUAUUAUAUUUUUAUUCUUUUUUACAUUGGCUGUUAUGUGGCCAUCAUGUGGAAACUUACUACUUGAUUGCAUUGUUUGGCUUUGUGCAGCAUCGAUUGCUUUUGAAAAUGCGCGUGUCGCUUAUGAAAAAUAUUGCUCUCAGAGUAGUUUACCUUUCCAUCAAGCAGUGUUCGAAGUUAUUGUACAAACUAUAUUUCUAGCACUUUAUCUUGGUGUUAGAAUUAUUGGUUUAUGGAACUUUGGAACUUGUCACAUAUUAUCAGCAAAAGCAAUCUUAGGUCUUGGAUUAAUCUAUUAUUAUUAUCGGCUAUUAAUUAUAUAUUUACCGAUAAGUCCAAAACUUGGUCCGAUGAUGAUUCGACUUCAACGUAUGAUAAUGGAUGAUUUUUUUACAUUUUUACAAUUAUUUGUGAUAUUUAUGAUAUCAUCUGGUGUUGCAAUAACAGCUGUACUGUAUCCACAUCAUCCACUUAAUCUGGAUUUAUUUACAAGAACUUUUGUAUUUCGCGGUUUAAUGGCAUUAUUUAGUGGUGACAUGGGUGAUUUAAAAAAACAAGAGAAUCCAUGUACAUUAAAUGCGACCACUUCCACAGAAAAAGCAUAUGCUUGUCUACGAUUAUCUCAGGGUCUCUCAUUUAGUUAUGAUAAUCUUAAUGUAUAUCAGCGAUAUGGAAUAUCAACACCAAGAUGCAAUCAACCCUCAUGGAUAGCCUGGGUGUUACUUAUACAAUAUUUCUUUUUAGCUAAACGUUUUCUUACAUCACUUUUAACAGCUAUGUUUGGUUUGACUGGUGCAAGAGUGCAAAGUCAAUCUGAACAAAUAUGGUUGUACAAUCGAUAUGAAAUCGUUUUGGAAUAUGCUAAACGACCAUGUUUACCACCACCUUUUGUCCUUAUUUCUUAUAUUAUUAUGUUGAUACAAAGUUGUAGUCAUAAAUGCACUCUAAAAGCCAAAGAAUAUUCUGAUAAAAAAAAGUCUGCUGCACGUCGAAAUCGUACAAUAUCAUCAGGAACAGACACAGAUGAUCAUGAUCAUUAUAGAAGUAGUACCAAAGAUCUAUCAACUGCAGCACUCGAAGAUCAUUCAUUAGUAGGACAUUGUCUUGAUUGUAAACUGUGUAAAUCAGUCACAGAAAAGGAAGAUAAGAAAAGUAAAAAUGAGAGUCGUAAUACAGGAGAUAGUGAAGCUAAUCUAUACUGGAAAUAUAAAGCUCAAGAAUAUUAUGCUAAAACACAAGAAAGUGAUAAAGUACAAGAAAAACUUGAUAGUUUAUCAAAUUGUGUAACAAAUAUACAAAAUGAUAUUGAUCUACAACGAAAAUCAUUAAGACAAAUCAACGAUCGUGUUGGUACAUUAGAUAGAUUAUUAAUUGAUUCACAUAUACUACUUGAAAAAAUUCGUUCAACAAUUCAACGAGGAGAUAAAGCGUUAUCUCAGGUUGAUAAAUUUACAUAUAUUUUAUCAAGAGAAUCACCAUAUAUUUGUACAAAUGAACUACGAUUUCCCGUUACUGAAAGAUAUAUUUCUUGGAAGAUUCAAUUUGAUUUAUAUGAUCCAGUCAUAAUCUCAUUACCGAAAGAACAUGCUUGUUUUAAAGAGAGUGAACGACCAUUUGUUGAACCAGAAUUACUAAAAUCAACUUCUGAUGAUAGUCGUACUGUUACUACUGGUGAAUAUGAAGAAAACCUAUUAACUAUUGAUACUAGUACAACAGUUCCUAUAAAUCAACCAGAUUUAUUUGGAGUUAUUGAAGCACCAAUAACACCAGUAACAAAUAAUAUGACUAUACCAUUUGCAGACUUCAAAUGGAAUCAAAUAGCUGAAUUACUAUUAUCCAAUGGAAACAAGGUUUUUAUUCUUGUUAUUUUUUUAGAUGAAGCUAUCUCGAAUUUACAUUUUCAGAUAAUUGUUGAUCGAACAACCUGGAUAGCAAAUUCUGAAGAUAGAACAUCUUCAGUUUAUCAAUUGGACGCUCAACUAUCCAUACCUUUGAAUCCAAUAGGUCGUACCGGUGUACGUGGUCGUGGUGCAUUAAUUCGAUGGGGACCAAAUAAAUCUAUUUUGGCUGUAAUAACACGAUGGAAAACACAUCAUGGUCAAUUUACUAUUAUUGAUGGACAAAGGAUUUUAGAAGCUCUAGUAUUUAAAGAUAAAACUAGCAAUGAUUGGAGAUUACCUGGAGGAAAAAUUUUAGGUGUCGAAUCUCCAUACGGUGUCGUAUGCCGUAGUUUUAAUAAACUUGCUUUUAAACAUUAUGAUUCUGAAUAUAGUCUGUCUACACGAGAAGAAGAUAUGAUUGAACAUUUUAAAUCAUUUGCUCGUUCGUCUUCCAGUACUGCUGAAUCAAUUGGUUUCAAUUCUCAUAUGAUUUAUCGAGGAUAUAUCGAUGAUUUACGCAAUACAGAUAAUGCUUGGGCAGAAGCAGAAAUAUGGAAUUUUCAUUAUGAUUCAGACACACCAUUUCCAAAUUUACGUACAGAUGAUGUGGCUGUAUGGAAAGAUGUGACACAUAAUUCUCGAGCUUUUCUUAUUCAACCAUCAAUUUUACGCGAAAUAGCUCGAAUUCAUAAUGCUUAUUUUGAGUGA